AUGUUGAUAUUCUAUAAUGUUACAAGUGCAUUAGGGAGGAGCCGUCAUUGUUCAGACCAACAAGUGUCAACUAUUKGCAUAAAUAGCGGGAACCGUCUUCAGUCUUGCGUCAUAUCUAUCGAGAAGCUUGAUUGUGAAGGUAAACAACCUUAUAAAAAAGAGAAAAUGCUAUCGAAUGCUAAGUUCUUAGAAACUUUUAAAAAUUUGCGUCAAAAUCAGGACCGUACCAUCAGAAACAUUAUUACCAUACUGUUUGUGUUGGCACUAGAAGCUCUUGUUAGCUCAGAAGGCUUCUUUGAGUGCCCUGCAGAUAAUCAUGCCAGAUAUGGAUGGGUGUUCAUCCUUGUGCCAGCGAUCAUUUUGGCUCUUUUGUCUGUGAUGUUAAGCAAAGCUUUCGUAGAUCUCAUCCAGGGCGUCUGUUAUUAUAAGAAGAGUUCUAUUCCGUGUGGCAAGGCAAAGUGCAGUAUUUUGAAGAUAGGCGAUAGUAAGUUUUUUGAGGUCGUCUACCUUGGGCUUGCUGCAGCCUCGUUGUGGCUAUUCUGGGCUUUUCUUCAAGGAAGGUACUACGYCUGCGCAAAGGAGGGAAAUAAAGAAGACAGACUGAGGCCAUUCAAAGACAACAAGAAUGWGACUGAUAUGAUUAACAAAGCCUUUACACAAGCCAAAACAGAAUCGCAAAUCAUCGGCUUUGCUAUCAUUGCCGUYUGGGUCGGUUUUUCUUCCCUCGUUCUUACCUUUCACAAGUGUUGCUGCAAGAGACCCGUCUCCUCCAUCCAAAGUCCUGAAGAAUUUUUAGGUAUUGAAGAAAAAGAAGCUGCCAAAACGUACAAAGAAGAACUCGAGAAGCUCGCCAAGAAAAGAGGAAAAAACAAAGCAAYGAAGAUGUUUGAAGUCGAGUGCACUUCAAAGAGUCCAACAGAAAUGCUCAUAGAUGUGUACAACAAGUUCAAGAAGAAAAGUGGCUAUGAGRAAGCCUUUGMGGACGACUACGACAAGCAAGCAGCCGUUCAACACAAAGAAGCUUUUGACGCAAAGCACCAAGCUCAAGCCAAGGCUGACAUCGAAGCGAUGCUUAGUCAAUCCCCUUGCUCAAAAGAUGAGUACUGCCGGGCGAUAGAUGCGUACAAUGCAAUGGGCCAGGAAUACCCACGUACGGUUGUUGGUCAUAGCAAACCGUAUAUAGGGAAGUCCCCACAUCGCUGUAGAGAUGUGAUUGCUACKAAUGAGGGAGACGUCGAGAUGCAGGGAACCAGUACACUAUAAGAAAUAGAAACAAUGAGAAGCGUUUAAAAUAUACACAAGCUUUCAAAUCUAUAUAAAAAUUAACGCGCAUAAAUGAUACGUAGUCGUAUAGCGUAUUAUAUCUAAAAGCCGUUUUAUACGGRAUUAAUACGUAAACGUGAUACAUGAACGUACAAUAGAUCGUAGCUGGGGCCGGGUCGUCAAAUCCCGAUUAGCGCUAAUGCUGGGUUAACUCUUAGAAAACCUUUGGUGUUAACCCUGGGUUAACGCUAAUUGGGCUUUGAACAACCCGGCCCCUGCUGAACUGUAUCAUGUUGACCUAUAAGAAACUUUAGUUCAAUUUCUCUUUUGAAUGAAAAGUGUUUGAUUUUAAUUUCUAAUCUUAGUCUUUUCAUGGGUGUAAAUUUUAGUUCACACUUAAAUGUGAAUUAAAGACAAAAAUCGUAAACUCA